UUACACAAACACUAAUUGUGCCGAUGCUCAUUGUGGCAACGUUACCUCAGUUUUGGAGCCCUGCUAGCAUCUUGGGAGCACUUUUCUGAAACAAAUGUGUUGCACACACUGAAGCUUGCAGCGCGACAUUAGCGUGUGAAUUGUGGCCUCUGGUCUGCAGGUGUUGUGAUUUCCCUGCUUGGAUGGAUGGGUGGAUGGAUGAGUUUUUAAUUUAGCAGCAAUAGUCAUACAUAUUCAUAUUAAAGAACCUGCACACAAAGUAAAAGCAAAUACAAAAGUGCACCCUCAAGGAUGAAUUAGAAGAACAUUUUCAUCUGUCCUCAUCAAGAAGAACAAUUCAUAGAAUUAGGAUGUUGCAUGUUUGUAUGGGGUGCUAAAUAGAGCCUAAUUAUGCCACAGUCAUAUGUGCUAGGUUGGAAAGUUUAAUAUUAUUGACGGCGAGCUACUAAAUACUACAAUAUCACUAACUGUACUACACCCACUACAUACAUUGGAUGAAACUGUUGGCAAAAUAUGGUGGCUUGAUUUUGUACAUUGAAACUCAAAUUUCAACGUUAUGUACAGAUUGAGCAGUAUUACAAUGAAUAAUACCAUAAGCCUUGUGUAGUCUACAUGCGAGUAUACAUAUUUAAGUGUACAUCACGUUGCCAACAUUUUUGCACAGUGUCCAGAAGUAUUUUCACCCCACACAAUGGGGAGAUGUGUAAGUUAAUAGUGAACGGUAUCGAAGAUGGAUGGAUGGAUAGAUCGAGACUGUAUGUAAAUACACUGCAGGUAUUUUAAUAUCCUGCAGAAAGUGAAAAAAUGUGAGUUUUUUGUUCUGGAAGUGAAUGUACUGCAUAGUCUGGAACCCCUUGCUCUAUUUAUUGUUGAAAGUUAGCACAUUGAUGGGUGCAGGGAUUUAAGGAAGGGAGGGUGUUGAGAGGGGGAUUUUCUUGUUGCUCUUAUUCCCCCCCACACAUCUCUGACGGGAAUAGGUCUCAGACAGCAAAUUAUGUUGCUCUUUGUUCAUGUCUAUGCUGCCAGGUGAAUUUUGGAAAGGGGGGUCACUUUUCCUCUGUUUAAUUAUAAUCCUAUUUUCAAUCGAUAUUUACACGUUUGUCCCCACUUGUGCGUCUGCGAGGGAAAGUCACAUGUCGGUGAUUGUGUAAUAAAAUAUCGUGCAUGUUUUUACAGAUGUUUGUACUUUGCAGGAUACACAUCAGUGUUGGGUUUUAGUGCUUUUUUUGGUGUGUGUUUUUGGCUGUCAGUCAUCUCAGAGUUCACAAGACCAGUCUUGCAGGAACGGAUUUGUGUUUACACUCGGCUGCUCACUGGUAUGACUCUCAACAAUAACAACAACACAAGAUGUUUGGACUUGCUGGCUGCCAUGGUAACAGGGAUUAGGCAAAGGCUGUUGUUGUGUUGAUGGUGUCCACAGAAAAACAGAGGGGCCAAACAGCUCUGUCUGUCUGUCUGUUGGGGUGGACCUAUUUUUUCAUGGCUUUUGUGGCCACCUCGACUACAUUGAAUCUCAUAAGAAAGGCCAAACAAGGAGGCCGUCGACUGUUAUUGUUAGCCCACAGCCUCUGUGAAAUUCUCCGUCAGUUUGUUUACCCGACUCUAAACAGACUGCCUCAGAGAGAGAGAUGUUUGUUUGUGGUUCAGACCUUAAUUAAAAUAUGAAUCCUGCAUUCUGUUUUUGUAAACUGGCUCUGCCUGCUUUUUAUUCAUUAUUUAGUCUCUGUGCAAUUUUGAUGACUUUGUUUAUGUUUACUGCAAACAUUGCCAGAGCAGUGAGGCUCGACAGGGAGUGGGGUGGGGGUUGGUGAAUUGCUGCCUGCUCAGUAGAUGAUGUUGUUUCUGUGCCACUCGUUGUUGUUGUUUUGAUGGCGGUUUAAUUCCCUUGGGCAAUCUGUUGUUGUUGUUGUUUGGUUAAUUUAGGAGCUCAAUCGUCUUGACAGAACUUUGUACACUAGACGGUUCCAGCAUCAUCAUCCAUGAUGACCCCUCCGGCUGAGGCUCCGCAGCAGCUACAGCAGCAGGCGGCGCAGCAACAGGUCCUCAGCCCUCAGCAGAUCCAAGCCCUGUUCCAGCAGCAGAAGGCCCUCAUGUUGCACCAGGUACUGGGCCAGGAGGGCCUUUGUCUGUCUUCAGUGGGCAAGCAACAAAUUCAAGAGGUCUUCAAGAAUCAGCAAGAGCAGCUAAAUAUGCAGCUGCUCCAACAGAAGAAUGCUGGGAUAGUUAGCCAGGAGCUUACCGCACAACAGAUCGCCAUCCAGCAACAGCUUCUUCAGGUGCAGCAGCAGCAUCUGCUCAACCUGCAGCGACAAGGCCUUCUCUCCGUGCUCCCCACCAGUGUUGCCGGCUGUGAAAAUGACGCUGGUGCGUUAUCUGCGGGCGGGGACUCCAGAGAGUCGACCAAUCACCAAUCUGCGACCAACGGCCAUCCCGCUCUCCUGAAAAGGAAGGAAAGCAGCUCGCUGGAUGAAAACGCGCCAGGUAGUCAUGCUCUGUACGGGAAUGGCAUGUGCAAAUGGCCCGGCUGUGAGACAGUCUUUGGAGACUUUCAGGCGUUUUUUAAGCAUUUGAACAGUGACCACACACUUGACGACAAGAGCACUGCGCAGUGUCGCGUGCAGAUGCAAGUGGUUCAACAGCUGGAAUUACAGCUCAAGAAAGACAAAGAGCGACUUCAAGCAAUGAUGGCUCAUCUGAAGUCGUCUGAGCCCAAAGCUGCAGCUCAGCCCGCGAACCUUGUGCCUAACAUGUCCUUCUCCCAGGCAACGCCGCCCAAAGGUCCGCAUAUGAGCUUGUCCCAGAGCGCCACGGCGCCGUCCACGCCCUUGAUGCCCCUGUCCGAAUCACCCUCGGUCCUCACUCCCAACGCCGGCUUCAACGGAACCCCUGUACGCAGGCGAUACAGCCGCUCUGUCAGCCAAGAUAUUGUUGAUAAUAAAGAGUUCUACCUAAGCACAGAAGUGAGACCGCCGUUCACGUACGCAUCGCUCAUACGACAGGCAAUCUACGAGUCACCGCGCAAUCAAUUGACUUUGAAUGAAAUCUACAACUGGUUCACAAGAAACUUUGCCUAUUUCCGACGCAAUGCGGCCACAUGGAAGAAUGCUGUCAGACACAACCUGAGCCUCCAUAAGUGCUUUGUACGCCUGGAGAAUGUGAAGGGAGCCGUGUGGACGGUCGACGAGAUCGAGUUCCACAGACGGAGGCCCCAGAAGGCAGCCGGUAAUGGAUCCCUCCUGAAAAACCGGCAGAACUUAGCUGGGUCUGCUUCCCAGAUUGGAAGUUUAGACUGCACCGCCUUCUACAACCCGUGUGCGAUGGGCAGCAUCCCAUUGCAUUCCCUGCCCCACAUCCUCCAGGAGCAGAUGAACGGCGCCCUUGCCAAUGGGUCCGGCUACCAAAGCGACAGCAGCGCAACGCAAUCGCCCCCGCAAGCUUUCAGCAUCAAAGAGGAGCAAGAGGACGAAGAAAUUGGUGAAAAUUACCCUUACGAAUCUCCCGGGAGCGCAGAUGAGCACGGCCACAGCCCGGAGACGAACCGCCACAACGACAGCGGCAGCCCGGAGAGGCUUCGUCUCGACCGCGUGCCUUCUCUCUGACCACGAGGUCCAAGAUCUCCGGGCGCAUAUUCCAAAAGAGUUCAAAAGCCUACUGCUUCAUUUGUAUAACCAAACAUAUUCUUGUCGUUCUUUUUAUUAUUUAUCAGUAUUUUGUUUUUUGUUAUUUUAAUCUCGUUUUUAAUUCUGUACAGUCAAGUGAGAUCACACACGUGAAACUGUCUUUUCAUGGUUGAUAUUUUUUAAAACACGAGCAUGAGGAGCGGAGAAGCCAAAGCAAAGGGAACACUGAUAGGGAGCACUUCACAAUUGAAAGAAAGAAAAAAAACCCCACAAAAACAUGAGUUGAUUUUUAUUGUAGUCAUAUUAUAUAUGCAUUUGUAGAGAGAUGAUUCCUGAUAUGUUCACUGCCUCCGUGAUCGCAUAUAUUUGUAUGUAAUGAUAUCAGCAGGUGAUUCAAAAAGAGAAUGUCUUUAUACGUGUUGGUAUUUUUCACCCCCACCACAAACAUUGCUGAAUUUUCUCAAGUUGAGCAUGUCAGAGUAGAUUCUAUAGAUAUACCUUUAACUGUAGACCAACUCGAUGAAGAAUAAAUUCAUCAUGAUAACUGUCAAA